AAGAGUGUGCAGGAUUAAAUAAUCAGUUAAGUAUCAGCUAUAUAUACCACCAAAAUUGCAACCAAACUAUCCAUCACACAGAUCAAAUGGAUUCCACAGGCACAGCUCACGUUCUUCCCCCAAAACCAAAAAGACUGCCAGGGAAGGUCGCCGUCGUAACAGGUGGAGCAAGGGGGAUCGGGGCUGCUACGGCCAAGGCGUUUGCUGAAAGCGGGGCAUAUGUUGUCAUUGCCGACAUCCUCGACGAGCCAGGCGAAAAGCUAGCAGAUUCCAUUGGAGCCAGGUACAUCCACUGCGAUGUGUCGGUUGAGAGCGAUGUGGAACGUGCGGUCCAGCUAGCUCUCGACUGGAAAGGGCGGCUGGACAUCAUGUUCAACAAUGCCGGCAUAGGCGGUCCUUGCGGGAGCAUCACCAAUCUCAAAACUGAGCAGCUGAUGGCUCUUCUGGAAGUGAAUCUGUUCGGGGUGGUGCACGGGAUCAAGUACGCUGCGCGCGCCAUGAUCAAGGGGAAACACGGCGGAUCCAUCAUAUGUUCGUCGAGCUCUGCAGCCGUCAUGGGCGGCCUGGCAUCCCAUGCCUACACAAUGUCCAAAGAUGCCAUCCUUGGCGUCGCCAGGACAACCGCCUGCGAGCUGGGAGUACACGGGAUUAGGGUGAACUGCAUUCUGCCGCACGGCGUGCCCUCCGAGCUGCUCCUGGAUCCCUACAGAGUGCUGAUGGGGAAUCCGGAUCUCCAGCCAGAGGAUGUGACCAAGAUUGUGGGUGAGAGAGCAAGCCUUAUCAAGGGCAGGGGAGGUACCAUGGAGGAUGUUGCACAGUCUGUCCUGUUUCUGGCGAGCGACGAAUCGGGCUUCAUUACGGCACACAAUCUAGUCAUCGAUGGGGGCUACACUGUGGCAAACAAUCUGUUGAGUUUCAUUUACCAGGAUUUCAAAGACUAG